CACCACAUAAAUGAUUUUUUCAUGGAAAGUACCAGAAUACCCGAGUUCCUCACUCAACAUCUACAACAAUAUCAAUGAAUCUUUAUUGAAACGAGGUAUAUAUUAGUAUGUUCCUCAAAAUUCACCACCCCCAAGCACAAGAACCAAAACAAUGCCUUCCGGGAAGGGAGGCACCCGAACAACGAGGAAGGGGGCGAAGGAUGGGUCUGAUGACGAAGACCAGGAUUUUGCCCCAGAAGCCGGUUACGUGGACAAAAAUGGUAAUUCAAGCGGCCUGCUCAUGCUGGAGAUAUUGGGAAUAUUGAUCGUUCUUGUGGUGAUUGGUGUUCUUAUGAAGGAAUAACUGGGUGUUUUGUCGAUCUUCAUGCGUUUCUUUGUUCAGGAACGACACUAGAAAGUAGUGUAAUUAGCUACUUCGAAUUACACUUUCUACUGUUAGUUAGACUCCCAGCAGGAGAAGAAUUUAGACUCCCAGCAGGAGACUUUGUUCGCAAGCUUUCCAAUCUUCAGCCUUACCAUACUCCCUAUUCCUUCAUGAUUUGUGGAAAGAGAAUAAGUAAGAGGAUGUGAUAGAAGAACGAUCAUGAGUAUCGGCGGAAUGUUUAUUGGGCUGGUGAGAUAAUCAAGAUAUUUCUUCUAGGCCACACACACUUCUAACUCCGUCCUUUCCGGUUUCUUCACGAAGGACAAACUAGCAAGUUGUCCAGCGCGGAAGGACGCUCCCUGCGCGCAUUUGGAGCCGAUUGGGAAAGUGACCUGCGAUAUACCAGAGAUAGAAACGGCAACCUCCAACAAUGACGGCUAUAAACAAGCCAAUUCAUGCUCAAAUGGGGCUGAAGGUAUAGUAUACUUGUGAUGUCCUCUUGAGAAGGUGGUAGCCUGGUUCUUGUUGCUAGCUGAUGUUCAGUAACAUCUUAUUUUAGUGGACGAUUUGAUGUGAUCCGGACACGAGCUGACCCUAACCCUAAGCCCUAGACAAACAAUAGGAAUGUUCUCUCGUGUAAGCCCUUUUGCAAAUUUGUAACGAGAAACUGACUGCGCAGGGCUGAGGCAGGAGCCCAUCUGAGUCUGAGUCUGAAUGUACUAAACUCCUCAACAAGAAGGGAAAAGAAUAUCGUCCCUACUUGAUGUCCUCUCGAGAAGGUGGUAGCCUGGUUCUUGUUGCUAGCUGAUGUUCAGUAACAUCUUAUUUUAGUGGACGAUUUGAUGUGAUCCGGCCACGAGCUGACUCAAAUUCUGAGCAUAAAACAAACAAUCAACCCCUGCACAGCAUAAGUUAAGGCACAGAAAAACCCAACCCUUUACACAGCCCAUUCUUCUCAGUCCCCUUUUACACAAGGGGAAUCCAUACUGGGUUGCUGGCGUAAGGUUGGGCUUUUCUCUUCGCUAAAUAAGCAAACAAUCAAGAAGUGAAAAGAAUAUCGUCCCCUCCCAAUUUUGCGAACAAAGGUGUCUACUUCCGUUGCGGCGAGGGUGGUCAGCCUGAUGCUUGCGGUAAGGAUCUGCAGGAUAUGAAGCUGGUAGAAGACACUCUCGAGGACCCUGAUUCGCCAGCCGCAAAAGCAGAAGUCGAAAAGGAGCAUGAACAAGCCCGUAAAUUAAGACUUCUUCCGGAGAUUCAUCUUCUGAAGCAUCUUGGGGUACUGUCCUCUAAGGGAAAAGCAGACCGCCCAAGAUGACUUUCAAGCUGGAUUCCGGGAAGAUCUAACUAGAGCCCAAAAGGAACUCGGAGUAGAUCCUAAGGCCAAGGAUGAUAAGAAAGACGGGAAACCAGAAGCUGGUUCAACAGAAAAUCCUACAGAGGAGCAGGAGAAAAAGAAGGAACCGGAGAAAAAGAAGGAAGAGAAGAAAGAGAAGGAACCGGAGGCUGCGGCUCCGAAGAAAGACUCGAAGAAGGCACACAAAGAAACAAAAAAAACAUCUUCAUAAAAUCAAUGAUCCAAACAGUUAUCUUCCUAGAAGCAAAAUCCUGAAGAUGCUGAGAGCUUGUUGCUCUUCCAACACGGAGAU